GUUUGCAGUGCCACCGGUUAAUCUGCAGAACAAGAUUGGAAUUCUUGGCUUUUCUGAGUGGAGCAGAGUGGUGUUUCUGGGGUUACCAUUGAAAUGGUGUCUGGUGGCAUGAGACAAGAAGCAGAGAUUUAUUUCUAGAGGAAAUUUGUCCAGUCUGUGUAUUGGACACUUUUCCACCAUGCUGACGGCAUUUUAACUAUAUUUGUCAAUUUUCUCAAAUUGUAAUUGAAGAAAAACCUUAAGAAUUUAUACUUGAGGACUGAAGUGUGACUGCCAAUUAUCAGGCUUUCAGGAUGAAUCUGGAAAAACUCAGUAAGCCUGAGCUCCUGACACUAUUCAGUAUUCUUGAAGGAGAACUUGAAGCGAGGGACCUUGUUAUAGAAGCUUUAAAGGCCCAACACAGAGAUACUUUCAUUGAAGAACGCUAUGGAAAAUAUAACAUCAGUGAUCCUUUAAUGGCUCUACAGAGAGACUUUGAAACACUGAAGGAGAAAAAUGAUGGCGAGAAACAGCCGGUCUGCACAAACCCACUCUCCAUUCUUAAGGUGGUGAUGAAGCAGUGCAAGAACAUGCAGGAGCGCAUGCUGUCCCAGCUGGCUGCUGCUGAGAGCAGGCACCGGAAGGUGAUCCUAGACCUUGAGGAAGAAAGGCAAAGGCAUGCACAGGACACAGCUGAAGGGGAUGAUGUCACCUACAUGCUGGAGAAGGAGAGAGAGCGGCUGACUCAACAGUUGGAAUUUGAAAAGUCCCAAGUGAAAAAGUUUGAAAAAGAGCAGAAGAAGCUCUCGAGUCAGCUGGAAGAGGAGCGCUCCCGCCACAAGCAGCUGUCAUCCAUGCUGGUGCUCGAGUGCAAGAAAGCCACCAGCAAGGCAGCCGAGGAGGGGCAGAAGGCAGGAGAGCUGAGCCUGAAAUUGGAGAAGGAGAAGAGCCGGGUGAGUAAACUAGAGGAAGAGCUGGCAGCUGAGAGGAAGCGAGGCUUGCAGACCGAGGCCCAGGUGGAGAAGCAGUUGUCUGAGUUUGACAUCGAGAGAGAGCAACUGAGAGCAAAACUGAACCGAGAAGAGAACCGGACCAAAACUCUGAAAGAAGAGAUGGAAAGUUUGAAGAAGACAGUGCAGGAUCUCGAGGCUUCUCACCAGUAUAGUAGCCCUAAUGAGCAAUUGAAGAAACUGGCGACGAUGUCUAAAGCCACAGCGACUGAGCCCCCCAUGCUCGUGUCUGUAUUUUGCCAAACAGAGAGUUUUCAGGCAGAAAGAACCCCUGGGAGCAACACAGCCAAGGUGACAACCACUGGGCUGCCUGGUCCCACCACUGCUACUUACUCUUAUGCAAAAGCCAAUGGCCAUUUUGACCCAGAGAUACAAACUACCAAGGAAUUGAUCACAGGCAGCAGUGCAGAAGACCAAGUGCCUCCACGAGAGAAAUCUGUGGGACUGGCCCAAGAGAAGGCAGUGGAGAAUGGUGGGUGUCCUGUGGGAAUUGAGACUCCAGUCUCAGUGCCUAGUCACCUCCCUUCCAGUGGGACCUCACUGUCUCCCAGCAGCACUGCCUCCUCCUCUCUCACAUCCUCUCCAUGCUCUUCACCAGUACUAACUAAGCGCUUGUUGGGGUCCUCAGCUAGCAGCCCCGGCUACCAGUCAUCCUACCAAGUAGGGAUCAACCAGAGGUUCCAUGCUGCUCGGCAUAAAUUUCAGUCACAAGCAGAUCAGGAUCAACAAGCCAGCGGUCUACAGAGUCCUCCAUCCAGGGAUCUGUCCCCUACCCUCGUGGACAACUCUGCCGCUAAGCAGCUGGCCCGAAAUACAGUCACUCAGGUGCUCUCCAGAUUCACUAGCCAACAAGGGCCAAUCAAGCCCGUCUCUCCUAACAGCUCUCCCUUUGGCACAGACUAUCGAAAUCUGGCCAACACUGCCAACCCAAGAGGUGACACAGGCCAUUCACCUACUCCAGGGAAAGUGUCCAGUCCUCUGAGCCCCCUGUCUCCAGGGAUCAAGUCCCCCACCAUCCCCAGAGCUGAGAGAGGAAACCCUCCACCCAUCCCACCCAAAAAACCUGGUCUCACUCCUUCUCCAUCCACUACCACUCCAAUGACCAAAACUCAUUCCCAGGCAUCUUCUUUGACCACCACAGAAGAGCUUGCCAGCAGCUGCUCUUCUAAUGCUGUCGUAGCCAAUGGCAAGGACGUUGAGAUACUCUUGCCUAGCAGCAGCUAGUCCCUAGGAGGGAGCUUCCCUCUACUUUUGACAUUCCAUCAAAUUUUGUCCAAGAGCUCAGAGUCAAACCGUUGAGUCAGAUCAUGUUAUUUAUUUUGAUAGUAGCUGAAACCAUCUGUAUAAUACAUUUAGUGUAGUUCACCUUUUUGUAUUUUUUUAAGUAGAAACUGAGUAGUUUGGAUUUUUAUGACUCACAUCUUUGUACUAAAGCUAGAAGGGCACUUCAAAGAUGUCUCAAGCUCAGCAGUCACCGUCAUGUUGUGAUGGAGAAAGCUAAUUGAGUACCAGGUGGUGAUUUGCUGUCUGUUUUGGGACUAGAAUCACUCAACACUCAUUUUGAAUUAUGCAGAAGUGGUUCAUGCAGAUUUUUAUUCCAGAUGAACAUGUUUAAAAAGUGCCUGAAAUAAGACUGCCAUAUGAAUGUGAUUCUGCAGCGAAAACACAAAAUGGAUUAUUUAAUUGCAGAAAAUGAGAUCUUCUGUGAAUUCUGAAUGUUAAAAACUAACACUGCUUUUAAUCAUCUUUUACUGUUUUUAAUACAAGCUUUGUAUUCAGAAACAAGGCUGCAUACAUAGAAUGGGAAUCCUGAAGGUGGGGGUGUGAGCUCAGCACAGAGCUGAGCAUUAUAGAGCCCUCGAGAAACCCUGCUGAGCAUUAAGCAGUUGGGGUGCUGAUUUUCUUGUACUUUUGAAAAAUUAAGUCACCCCCAGUUUCCUGCAUAAAUUCUUGAAUAGAAUGAAAUCACAUCUCCAUUCAAAAAAUGUCUUCAGGCAUCUACUGUUGUGUAAGGAACUUCUGAUUCCGAUUGCUGUUACUUGAAUACGAAAUGGCUACUCAUUCUGUAUAAAAGUUUUGCAACAGAAUGAGAUCUUUAUUAUGUAAUCAAAAAGCAAUAACUUAAAAUUCAGUUUCUUUAUAAUAUUAUAAGUCAGAAUUAUACAGGUUUUACUAAAUUGUUAUACUUACUCUCCAAGCUGCCAGCCCUUGGUGUCUGUAUCUGUGGAACCAAAUUAACUUUUGCCUAAAUGGAAGUACACAUAUAUCUGUAUAGAUACACACCCCUUUACGUGUUUAACACACACACUUAAACACAUAAAUAUUAGUGUGAUUGUAUCUUUGGAGUUUGCAAUAUAGCAUAAAAGACGAGCAGAAAUGCACCUUAAGAUUACCUACCAAAGCAACUAGAUGUGGCUGGGAUCUAAUCAGUCAAGGAAGUAAUUGUGUCCACAGGGAGGUGGGGAAAUUCCAAAUAAAGUCAGGUCUUCAGCAUCAUAAAAAGGCAGAGCCAAACUAACCCAGUGUCACAGAACUCAACUGAUCAUAUGAGUGAAAUAGGUCACGCAGUCAAAUGGUGUAAGACAGCUGGAGGUAGUGGAAGCUGUAGCAAACUGAAGUGCCCAAGCCCCGUUUAAAAGGGCACCCCUGUUCAACUCCUGGGGCUCGUUGCCAUGCAAUAAUGCCAGACCAGGGUUACCAGCUCCUCAAAUUUUUAUGAAAUCCAAAUUUUCAUGAGAAACAUUUUAAUUUUUAAAUAUCAAAACUGAUUCAAAAUUUUAAACACUGCUGGUUAAACAUUUCUGCAGCCAGAUGUAGCUCACAAGCUGCCAAGUUGCAACCUCUAUUUCCAGAAACUUCUGUCAUUUCCAUCAUAUCGAGUUUGUGAGGACAAAAGCCUCCACUCUUUCCAACUUGUAGGCUAGUACAGCUGACAAAGUCCAUGGAAUAUAAUGACUAUCCCCCUCUUCCAAAAAGGACUGCAGCUCAGCUCGGACAUGGUGGUUGUAUGACUGUGUCCACAGGGAUGGAGAGGCCUUGGUGUCCUCACAUACAUUCUUCUAGCCAACAUCUCUCCUAGCAGCCCCUGACCUCCUGCUAUAAUUUAAAUCGAUUUUCUCUUAAUCUAAUCAGAGUUGAUGAGAGAAAGGCAGGUGAUGGAAAUCACUGUAUAAAUCACAAUGGAGUAUAUUAGUGUCUCCACAGCUUAUGGUUUCACUAAGGCCAAUACAUCAAAAAUUAAAAUACUACUAAUGCCCCAGGGUGUCUACCAAAUGAUGAAGGGGGUGUCUUAUAAACUGCCCAAAGCAAUCAUGCAUUAAACUUUAUUCCCAUGCAUAGCCAAAUGAACAGUGUUAAUGAUAAAAUAGCUGAACUUUCUAAACAGGGGAGUGGGCUAUAGUCCCAGAGCAUUCUUACCUCUCUUGCUUUAAAUGGUAAUCUUAAAAGUUGCAUUGUGCUCUUCCUUUGUUUUGGCAUAGAUAUAUAUAGAGAGAGAUACUAUAAGGAAGUUUAUUUCUUAGGAAGUGCACUGAAUAAUGUAAUUCUUUUACAGUGUAAUAUGGGGGUGGGGAAAUGCAAAAGAAAUGUGUAUUUUUGCUAGUUGCCUAUCUUCUGAGAUAAAUAAGCACAAUACUGCAAUGGAUCCAAUAAUCCAGUUAGGUAUUAUAGAUUAGUAUUUAAGUUUGCUGUAGAUUGUGUGUGUGCAAAGUAAAAGUUCCAUGAUUCACAGUUUUGGUAUUAACCCAUGUUGCGAAAUCUAUGCUACUGGUCAACAGAUUAUAAUGAUGUGCAACACAUAACACAAGCAUUAACUAGUCAUUAACAUUUGUAAAGCCAAAUGUACCAUGCAGAAGUCUUCAUCCAUUUUUAUAGCAGACGACAUUAAAACAAGUUAAGUCAUA